AAACGGUACUGACCGUUACUGGUACAAUUGAGGUCAGACUUCACCGCUAUGGACAUAUAGAUGACUCUACCUGUUUCUUUUGAACUGCUCGAUGCCCCAUAUUAUGUGAAGGAAUUUAAAGAAUUCUCGGUUUGGUGAUUUUCUUUCAACAUUUCAGUUGAAUGCAUUCAGUUGUACAACUGACUAGGUAUCCCCCUUUCCCUUUUCAAGAGUAGCAGAAACUUGCAACAAGAGACCGAAAGGUUUUUCCAAACAGAGACCGAAGGUUCAGCAGCUUAGUGGGAAAGACAGACAUCAUUUUUUACAGUCAUCUGCAGGCUUACACAGUGUCCUUUGGGAUACGAAAUUCGAGACGCGCAGUUGAGAGAACCGUUACUUUCCAUCGUUAGUCUAUCAGUUGUUUAGCCAUUUUAGGAUUUGUUAAGUAGACCUAAUCCUAAUUGAUUAAAAUUGCAACUAUCAACCGAGAGAGUAAAAAUUACUCUGUAAUGGCAAACUUUGACCGUUUUUCAUAAUUGUUUUCUACUGUAGCCUCAGGUAUUUGCGUAGGAGGGAGAGGCAUCACCAAAACGGAGCGCACAAAGCCAUUGCGCGCAGUACCACGUCAUUCUGUCAAACUUAUUGAAACGUGUUUUGUUACUUUCUGGCAACAUAUACUUCAUUUUCAUUCAGAUAAUAUUUAAAUAGGUGGGGAGUCGGGGGAGAUGAUGACAGGAUUUCGACUGAACUUGGMGCCUCUCAAGGAACCGCUGGGAUUCAUCAAAUUUGUAGAAUGGCUGACAGCCAUCUUUGCGUUUGGGAGCUGUGGGGGUUAUUCUGGCAGGAAUAUCGUGUCACUCUUCUGCRGUGAAGGAAGGAACGAGACGCUGAAUGUUACUUUUAGCUAUCCCUUCAGGUUAAACCUGGUUGCUCUAGUGGAGGCCAACACCACUCUGUGUAACCACUCCGUGCCCGUCACCCACCUGGUGGGAGACUCCGCCUCCUCGGCCCAGUUCUUUGUGGGCGUGGCCAUCAUCUGCUUCCUGUAUUCUAUAGUGGCGUUGCUCAUCUACCUGGGCUACAUGCACAUGUACAUCGACUCUGACUUCGGCCCUAUGUUUGUGAGUACUGGGAAAGGCAUGUUUGUGUUUGUGAGUACUGGGAAAGGCAUGUUUGUGUUUGUGAGUACUGGGAAAGUAAAAGCACAACACCUAGAUUGA